AUCUGCAGUGUGAGGUGUGUAUUGUUGCUCUAGAAUCUGCAGUGUGAUGUGUGUAGUGUUGCUCUAGAAUCGCAGUGUGAUGUGUAUUGUUGCUCUAGAAUCGCAGUGUGCUGUGUAGUGUUGCUCUAGAAUCGCAGUGUGAUGUGUGGUUAUCCUGUGGAAUGAUGGAGUGGCAUGUUGUGUAGCUCAAGAACAUUUGUUCAGCUGUAUUUAUAUAAUAUAGCAGGUGUGUUUCCUGUCUGUGGGGAAACUCAGUAAGGCUAGCAUCAUUAACCAGGGUUGCCAGGUUGUCAGGAAAAUAAUCUAUACCAGUUACAUCUCAAAAACCAAAAGAAGGUUUGAGGAAGAAAUGGGGUAAGAAUGGGGCAGCAUGUCUCCUGUCCCUUUGGGCCUCUAUUAAUGUCUGUUGCAGUUCCCACUAUUGACCACUGGGUGAAAUUUUUUAUUUUUUUUUCAAAUUAAAAUUUUAUUUGUCACAUACAGAGUAUGACAUGCAGUGAGAUGCUUUAAGUUUUUGCAUAGCCCAGGUUUUUAUGAGCCAGGGUCAGCCAUAGUACGGCACCCCUGGAGCAGGUGAGGUUAGGGGCCUUGCUCAAGGACCCAACGUCGAUGUCUCAGCAGCAUGUGUGCUUGAACCCCGACCUUCUGAUCAGUAACCCGAAGCCUUAAGUACUGAACCACUACGUCAUCGCGGUUUUAUAGAACUGAAGAAACAAAACCAGAGAAAAGUAAGAAAGACAAGCAGUGCCGGUGUGCGCGUUUCCCCAGACAUGCUUGGCUCAAACUCUUACUUCAUUUUUUGUUCUUACAAUUAAUUACAAUCUCUCUGGUUACUUUUCCUUCUUUUUUUUUCCAUCAUACCUUUUUACCUUCUCUCUCUCUCUCUCUCUCUCUCUCUCUCUCUCUCUCUCUCUCUCUCUCUCUCUCUCUCUCUCUCUCUCUCUCUCUCCGUUUCUUCAUGUGACGGGUUUAUUUGAUAGAUUUUCUAUGUGAAUCUCUGCAUGAUGCGGAUGGUCGAACCGGCGCUGCUCUUUGGGCUGUGGGCGCUCGCGCACGGGGCUUUUCCCAGCAGCGUGCAAAUUGGUGGGUUGUUCAUCAGGAACACGGAUCAGGAGUACACUGCGUUCAGAUUGGCUGUGUUCCUCCAUAACACGAGCCCUAAUGCCACCGAAGCUCCAUUUAACCUCGUCCCGCAUGUGGACAACAUCGAGAGUGCAAACAGCUUUGCUGUCACCAACGCUUUCUGCUCACAGUACUCGCGAGGCGUGUUUGCGAUAUUCGGCGUGUACGACAAGCGCUCGGUCCACACGCUCUCGUCCUUCUGCGCGUCUCUGCACAUCUCACUCAUCUCGCCGAGCUUCCCAGCAGACGGCGACACGCAGUUCCUGAUUCAGCUCCGCCCCUCCAUCCGCGGCGCCCUGCUCAGCAUCGUCGACCACUACGAAUGGACGCGAUUCGUCUUCCUGUACGACACGGACCGAGGAUACACCAUCCUUCAAGCCAUCAUGGAGAGGGCUGGUCAGAACGGAUGGCUGGUGAGCGCGAUUUGUGUGGAGAACUUCGGUGAUGCUGCUUACCGACGCCUUCUUGAAGAUCUGGAUCGUCGCAAUGAGAAGAAGUUUGUCAUUGAUCUAGAGGCAGAACGACUCCAGAACUUUCUAGAGCAGGUUGUGAGUGUAGGAAAGCAUGUGAAGGGUUAUCAUUACAUCAUUGGCAACCUGGGCUUUAAGGACGUGUCUCUCGAGCGCUUUAUGCACGGAGGAGCAAAUGUUACUGGUUUCCAGUUGGUGGAUUUCAGCAAACCCAUAGUGAUCAAACUUAUGCAGCGCUGGAAUAAACUCGAUCAGAGAGAAUAUCCAGGCUCCGAAACCCCACCCAAGUACACUUCCUCCCUGACAUACGAUGCCGUGUUGGUGAUGGCCGAAGCGUUCCGGAACCUUCGGCGCCAGAAGAUUGACAUCACGCGCCGUGGGAACGCAGGAGACUGUCUGGCCAAUCCAGCGGCUCCGUGGAACCAAGGCAUAGACAUGGAGCGCACCUUAAAGCAGGUACGGAUCCAGGGUUUGACAGGAAACAUUCAAUUUGAUCAGAAUGGACGCAGAGUGAACUACACCAUGGAUGUGUUUGAAAUGUGGAGUAACGGCCCACAAAAGAUUGGUUACUGGAAUGACAUGGAUAAACUGGUGUUGGUGCAGAACGAGCUAGCAGCAGGAGGAAACGGCUCAGCUGGGGAGAACAGAACAGUCAUCGUCACCACCAUCAUGGAAGGACCGUACGUGAUGCUGAAGAAGAAUUGGGAGAUGUACGAAGGGAACUAUCAGUAUGAAGGAUACUGUGUGGAUCUGAUGUCUGAAAUAGCCAAUCACAUCGGGAUUAAAUACAGAAUCUCCAUCGUUCCAGACGGGAAGUAUGGCGCAAGGGAUCCGGAGACCAAGAUCUGGAAUGGGAUGGUGGGAGAGCUUGUGUAUGGGAAAGCUGAGAUCGCAGUGGCUCCUUUAACAAUCACCCUCGUGAGGGAGGAGGUGAUCGACUUCUCCAAACCCUUCAUGAGCCUCGGAAUCUCCAUCAUGAUCAAAAAGCCACAGAAGUCCAAGCCGGGUGUGUUCUCGUUCCUCGACCCGCUGGCGUACGAGAUCUGGAUGUGCAUCGUGUUCGCUUACAUCGGCGUGAGCGUCGUGCUUUUCCUCGUCAGCCGUUUCAGUCCCUACGAGUGGAAACGGGACGAGGCAGAGGAAGAGACGGACGCCGAUCAGCCGCCCAACGAGUUCGGCAUCUUCAACAGCUUGUGGUUCAGCCUUGGAGCUUUCAUGCAGCAGGGUUGUGACUUCACACCCAGGUCUUUGUCAGGGAGGAUAGUGGGCGGGGUUUGGUGGUUCUUCACGCUGAUCAUCAUCUCGUCUUACACGGCGAACCUGGCUGCGUUCCUCACUGUGGAGAGAAUGGUAUCUCCCAUCGAGAGCGCAGAGGAUCUUGCCAAGCAGACGGAGAUCGCCUACGGCACGCUCGAUGCCGGAUCCACCAAGGAGUUCUUCAAGAGGUCUAAGAUCGCGGUGUAUGAGAAGAUGUGGUCGUACAUGAAGUCAGCCGAGCCGUCGGUGUUCACCAAGACGACUGCAGAGGGCGUGUCCCGGGUGCGCAGGUCGAAGGGGAAGUACGCCUUCCUGCUGGAGUCCACCAUGAACGAGUACACAGAGCAAAGGAAGCCGUGUGACACCAUGAAGGUCGGAGGGAACCUCGACUCCAAAGGCUACGGCAUCGCCACGCCCAAGGGCUCACAGCUAAGAACCCCAGUAAACCUCGCAGUAUUGAAACUGAGUGAAGCAGGAGUCUUAGACAAACUGAAAAACAAGUGGUGGUACGAUAAGGGCGAGUGUGGACCCAAGGACUCGGGAAGUAAGGAUAAGAGCUCUCAGGCGCUGAGCUUAAGCAAUGUAGCGGGCGUGUUUUACAUCCUGGUGGGCGGGCUCGGCCUCGCCAUGCUGGUGGCGCUCGUCGAGUUCUGCUACAAGUCACGGGCCGAAGAGAAGAAACGGGCAGAAGAGUGGAAGCAAAAACAAGCGGAAUCGGCCGAACUGAACUUCAGUCCGGUGCCAAGCCCGAGCCAGAGCGUGCAGAACUUAGCAACGUAUAGAGAAGGUUACAACGUGUACGGCUCCGACGGCAUAAAGAUCUAGAGGAGUUUGCCUUCACCGAAGCCGUGAGAGACUCCAUAAAGUCAAUCACAAGGGAAAAAGGGACCGCCUUUACGGAUUCUGGCCCCACCCAUGCCAUGGAGUUCCCAUAGCAACCAAAAAAAAACUCACGCUGUGCCUUACGUCACACUCUUUCUGCUGACGACGCCAUGCUUCACACUCAACCGGAUCGGAUUGUAUAGGAGUACAAAAACAUAUACAACAACACGCAGACCGCGCAGUGCGUCCACAAGAAAAGAGGCAGAACAGACGCAUCAACGGGUUAACUUGAAGCCUUAAUAUGACAACUUCGCCGAAACCCCACCCACUUAAUCAACCACCCAGAAGACCAGAAAACUGUCUGACUGAAUACAGUUCCUGUUGUAUCAACAUGUUUCCUUUAUUCAGUUAUGACACAUAGUCUCCUGAGAACAAACGCUCGGUCCCAAAUGCUAGCAUUCAUUACUAGAAAGUCAGACAAAUCCCCAGAAUUCUCCACAGUGCUUAUUUUACGUUUAAGUGUUCAUAUGGUGUUAUACGCAUAUUAUGCAUUAAAUGAGUAUCUGUGUGUGUGUGUGUGUGUGUGUGUGAGUGUGUAUAUUAUCUUUAUGAGCAUACGUCAGGUUUAAAACAGCAGUGUUGAGUGUGCUAAUCACCUCUUCAAACCACUGACUAGCAGACUGUUAGCUAGCAGAAAGUCAGCUAGCUGCUGUUUAUAUAACGACUCUUCUUUGUGAUACAGUACGUCUGACACACGUCCCUGAUUCUCAGAAGACUUUUAUAAAACACUAGCGUUUGGGAUUUAACCAUAUAAUUCAGCUCAGAUUAUGGUAACAUAUUAGCAUUGCUAAUUAGCAGUUUAUUUAAAAGCAGAAAAACACCAUGUAGUUUAAUGUUUGCUAACUAAAUCAAAAAGUAGAUAUUUUGUAAUAUAUAUAUAUAAUAAAUUGGGAAAGUCCUAACAGGAAGUAGAACACCGUGUGCACAUACAUGCAUUGACCCCCGAUAUUGUAAAUAACU